GCUUCCGCCCGGACUGAAACGCCCUGUGACGUCAUCGAUCCGCGUCGCACGUUCUCCGUACGUUUCACUCGCUUAUCGCGCCAUGGCUGCUGCCAACCGUUGGGAUCCCGCGUCCGCGCCAAGUGCUGCCGGGCUGUUGCUAGGCCAUUUCGUAGCUUCGGGGAUGGUCACUCAGGAGAUGUUAAGUAUAUCCAAGAAAUCAGCUUCUUACUUUGCGAACUUCUCCAGACUACAGCAGAUCACAAAUAUUCAAGCUGAAAUCUACCAGAAAAACCUGGAAAUUGAACUUUUAAGACUAGAAAAAGAUGCAGCAGAUGUUGUUCAUCCUUCCUUUUUGGCUCAGAAAUGUCAUACUCUGCAAAGCAUGAAUAAUCAUUUGGAAGCAGUGCUAAAAGAGAAGAGGUCCCUCAGGCAAAGACUGUUGAAACCCAUGUGCCAGGAAAACUUGCCUAUUGAAGCUGUUUAUCACAGCUACAUGGUACAUUUGCUGGAAUUGGCAGUAACUUUCAUUGAAAGAUUAGAAAACCAUCUUGAAACAAUUAAAAAUAUCCCUCAUUUAGAUGAAAAUCUAAAGAAAAUGAGCAUGGCAUUAGCAAAAAUGGAUAUGUUGGUGACUGAAACAGAAGAACUGGCAGAGAAUAUACUCAAAUGGCGAGAACAACAAAAGGAAGUUUCCUCUUCUAUCCCCAAAAUACUAGCAGAAGAAAAUUAUCUUCAUAAACAUGAUGUUACAAUGCCUUCUUUACUUUUUACUUCUAAAGUUCAUGUCCAAACUGUUAAUGUCAAGUGAUUGUCAACUGUUUAUUUUUGCCUAAUUAUAUGUAGUCAUGUGAAGUCUAUUUCUAGCCAGUUGUAAUAUGGGCAUUUAUAGGCUCUGCUGCUAUUGAAGUACUAAGAUUCCAAGUUCACUAAGACCAAAUUGAGUUUUCCUUUGUUUUUCAUAUAUUUUCAUUCUACUUUUAAGUAAAACUCUUGAAAAUCAAAUACAGCUAUGACAGUUUAUUAACAUGAGUACGUUAGCCAUAUCUCAGACAGCAGACUCUAUUAUGUCUUCUUUUUAAAUGCUUGUUUCUGAAUUAGAAGAGUCUUAUUGCAAGUGAAAGUAUGUCGAUUUUUCCUGUGGGAUAGUUACUAAGUGUAUAGAAAAGAGCAAACAUAACAGGCCUGACUACUAUCCUUUGAAAGGCUUGCUUACAAAGUUGGUCCUUGCCUGGCUUCUAGGAAUUUAGAUUUCAACAGGGUUCCUUCCACUAUCACCGAUGAGUUGCUCACUAUGCCUGAAGUGUUUGUAUAAUGUGGUUUGUGCGGAACACCUUUCCUUCUGGGAGUCUAGAAUUUUGGUACAUGUUAAACAGAAGAUACCUGUGUGGCUAACCCAUGAUAAUAACCCUGGGCACUGCAUUUCUAAUGACUUUCAUGAAAGACAUUUCACACGUUACACCUUAGUUGCUGUGAGAAUUAAGCAUAUCCUGUGUGACUUCACUAGCAGAGGACUCUGGAAGCUUGUGCUUGGAUUCCCCUGGACUUUGUCCCUUGCACGUUUUCCCUUUGCUGUUUUACUUGGUAUGCUUCUGUUGUAAUAAAUCAUAGUCAUGGAUACAGUGAUA